AUGGGGCGGAGGACAGACGUGGAGGCUGAAGCCCCGGGGAAGUUCCCGCAGCGAUCCAGGCUGGAGAAGGUGGUGGCUCCGAUGGAGCGGAGGUACUCCGGCAUCUUCACUGCCCUGAGGACCUCCGACUACCAAGGGAAGACUGAGCACAAGUCACUGAGAUACUCUGAUCACCACGUGAAUCAUUCCACAUGCUUACGGGACUUGACUUAUAUGGGAUCCUCUUCUGCCUCCCAGAUGUUGGUCACCAUUGAGGAAUUGGCUGAGAAUUUGGUUCCAUUCCUAGACACAGAUUCAGGAGACAUGCUCCCAGAGCCAGGAAAGUUUGCUCAAUCAUAUCAGGAUCUGCACAAGACAGCUAGGCAAAAAAGGCUCCAAGAGCAGGAAGAGCCAAUUCACUCUCCUGGGAAGAGUAAACUUUCUCCAGUUCAGCAGGAGGACCCAGCUCAGGCUCCCGAGUUCCCUAUGAAGAGUACAGCUCCAACUCCACCACAUCAUGAGGACGUUCAACCACCAAGUCAGGACCAAGCUCAUGAUUAUAACUUGGCUGUCGUUACAGUUCCUAUCGCGGGGGUUGAAACUUCUCCAGGCCAGCAGGAGACCUCAGCCAAGCAUCCAGGCCUCCCUGUGGAGGCCGAACCUUCUCCCAGUGAGCAGGAGCAGCCAGCUCAGACUUCAGGGUGUCCUGAGGAGUGUGAACCUUGUCCAAUCCAACAGGAGCAACCAGCUCAGUCUCCAGAGCAUCACAAAGUGACAGUUUUACCUCCACGUCAGCAACACACUAAGUAUUUAAACUUGUCCAAUAUUAACCCCCCGGGGCUGCAGCUUACCCUAACAGUAGAGGCUGCUGCAGAGGUGGGGACUUUUCCAGUCUGCCACGAGUCCACAGCUCAGCCCUCAUGGCCAGCUCAUGACGCCGAACCUUCAAAAACUCAGCAGAAGGUGCCAAGUCUGUCUCCAAGGCCUCCUGAAGAGGUGGAGCCUUUUUCAUUUCAACAAGAGGAUUCAGUUCGACCUGCAGAACCUAUUAAGGAGGAGAAACCCUCUUUAAACCAGCAGGAGGUUGCAGCCGAAAAUCCACAGACCACUGAGGAGGUGGAACCUUCUGCGACCCAGCAGGAGGCCCUAGGCCAGCCUCUAGAGCUCCCCAGUGAAGUCGUAGCUCAAGCCAUAGAGCCUCAAGAGUGUCCAGAGCUCACCGCUGAGGUUGAAACUUCAACCCUACUGGAGGACCCAGCUCAGUACACAGUGUCCCCUGAAGAGGUUGGAACGUUGAAAGACCAGCAAGAGGUUACAGUACAGCAGAGAAGCCCGUCUGAAACAAAUGGACAUUUACCAAUCCAUCUUCUGGAAGGCCCUCACUCAGCCCGAAAAGGCCCUAAGGAACCAUCUCCAAGCCAGCAAGAGAGCGCAGCUCCGCCUCCAGAGCCCCCUGUGGCUGUUGAACCUCCAGCAGUCCGAGAAGACUACCCAACGCAGCCACCAGCAUCCUCCAUGGAGGACUCAAUUCAUAUUACGCAUGUGCAUGUGGAGCUCACCGGGACUCCUCCAGGGCCUAGUGACCAUGUGGAACCUUCUCCAGUCCGGCAGGAGGGCCCCGCUGGGCCACCAGAUCCCUAUAUGGACGUUGAACCACCUGUGAACCAGCAGGAGCCCCCAGAACUGUCUGAGAACGUAGACUCAUCCCUAGUCCACCAAGAGGCCCUUCCUCAGCCUCCAGGUCCCGCCAAGGAGGCAGAACCUCCUCCAGUUCAGCACGAGGUCUCAGCUCGGCCCGCAGAGUCCUCUGGGCUGGUGGAAUCCUUCCCCACCCAGCAGACGGCCCCGGCUCAGCCUCCAGAGCCACCUAAGGACGUUAUGACCAGCACUCCAGAACCCACCGUUCAGGCUGAACAUUCUGCAGCCCUAAAGGAGACUACAGCUCCUUCUCCAAAGCCCCCUGAGGUAACCUAUCCACAUGCACACUGGGCUCAGCAUCCGAACCUGCCUCGAGUCCCAGAUCAACGUUUCCCUCUGGCACUCACCAUAACUCCAGAACCCACUGUGGAGGUUGAACACUCUCCAACAAUGCAGGAGACCCCAACUCAGCUUCCACAGCCACCUACAGAGGUCAUAGCUCAACCUCCAGUGUAUCCAGAUGAGACGGUUUCAAUACCAGCAUCACCUGUGCUUAUAGUCCUGGCAGACCCGGGGGCCUUUGACCAUAUUGGAUCCUCUGCUGCCUCCCAGCUGUUGGUCCCAACACAGGACUUGCUCGAGAAUUUGGUUCCAUUCCCGGGCGAGGAGUCAGCUCAAGAGCUACCCGCAGAGCCAGGGCACUUUGCCCUUCCACGUCCGGAUCUGCAUGACAAGCUGGCUGGGCCACAAAGGAUCCAAGAGGUGGCUCCGAUGCAAGAUUGGGAUCAGCAUCAGGCCCUGGCUCUGCCUUCUCGACUCAAAAGAUUCAAACUGAUCUUUGAGGAUGGAUAUCGAUUAUCCUGUCCAGAACCCACCGUUCAGGCUGAACAUUCUGCAGGCUUAAAGGAGACUACAGCUCCUUCUCCAAAGCCCCCUGAGGUAACCUAUCCACAUGCACACUGGGCUCAGCAUCCGAACCUGCCUCGAGUCCCAGAUCAACGUUUCCCUCUGGCACUCACCAUAACUCCAGAACCCACUGUGGAGGUUGAACACUCUCCAACAAUGCAGGAGACCCCAACUCAGCUUCCACAGCCACCUACAGAGGUCGUAGCUCAACCUCCAGUGUAUCAAGAUGAGACAGUUUCAACACCAGCAUCACCUGUGCUUAUAGCCCUGGCAGACCCGGGGGUCUUUGACCAUAUUGCAUCCUCUGCUGCCACCCAGCUGUUGGUCCCAACACAGGACUGCUCAAGAAUUUGGUUCCAUUCCCGGGCAAGGAGUCAGCUCAAGAGCUGCCCCAAGAGCCAGGGCACUUUGCUCUUCCACGUCCGGAUCUGCAUGACAAGCUGGCUGGGCCACAAAGGCUCCAAGAGGUGGAUCCGAUCAAGAGGCCCCACCUAUCUCCAAGCCCAGACACCCCAGGAGAGCCAAUCCUCUCCAGCCCAGCAGGAAGACCCAGCUCAGCCUCCACAGCACCCUGAGGAGGCAGAACUUUCUCCAGCCGAGCAGGAGGUCCCAGCUCAACCUUCACAGCCCCCUGAGGAGGUAGAACUUUCUCCAACCCAGCAGCACGACCCAGAUCCACCUGCACAGCCCCCAGAGGAUGUAGAACUUUCUCUAACACAGCAGGAGGUCCCAGCUCAACGUCCACAGCUCCGCCUGUGGAUGUCGAACCUUCUCCCGGUCAGCAGGAGCAGCCAGUACAGCCUGCGGGGUCUCCUGGGGAGAUGGGAGGCUGCGGCCAAAAAUUCACAGACCACUGAGUCUGUGGAACUUACUCCGACCCAGCACGAGCCCCUUUCUCAGCCUCCAGAGCUCCUUAAUGAAGUCGUAUGUCAAUGUCUAGAGCCUCAAGAGGUAACAGUUUCUUCUGUAGGUCAAGAUCAAGUUCAGCUAGCAACUCUGCACAAUGUUGCUGUUAAACCUAUGCAUGUCUUGGUUACCACUGGAGUCCAGAGCUCACUGGAAGAGGUUACAGUCCAGCAGCUGAGCCUCUCUGAAAUGGAUGGACAUUCACCAAGCCAUAAGGAGACCCACACUCAGCUGGACGAGCUUCCUAAGGAAUCUUCUCCAAACAGAAAGAGAGCUCAGAUCCACCUCCAGAGAUCCCUGUGGCCGUUGAACCUACAGCAGUCUGGCAAGACUACCCACCGAAGCCAACACCAUCCUCCAUCCGAGCGAGAGGCCACAGCUCAGACUCCAGAUCAUCCUAAGGAAGCAGGCCAUUCUCCAGUCCAACAGCAGGCCCCUGCUCGGCCAUCAGAGCCAUCUAUGGAUGUUGAAUCACAUGUGAACCAGCAGGAGGCCCCAGCUAAUCAGCCAACCAGUAUAAGGAAAAGGCUGCAGAGAGUGAACAGAGUCCUCAAGGGGCCAAGGGGCAUAAAGAAAAGGCAUUUCAAAGAAGUGAGGGAUCAGAGCCUCAAGAGGGAACAGAGAGGCCAGCCAUUUGUGGAGAACACUGCUAAAGAAAGGCAGCUCAGGAGACCAAACCCAAGGGAGCUGGAACAACUUCAUGUGGUGCAGAGGUCCAGGAAGUUAGUGGGAAUCUCAUACAUACAGAGCCUUUGUUCACAGGAACAUAAGGCUGCAGUCUCUUCUUUCCUGAAACAGUUCUCGAUGGGCAGGUCCUCUGCUUUCAUCACAGCAAAAUCCCUACCUAAGAAGAGAAACAGAUCAAAAGACUCAACCUACACCAUUUUUGCUUUAGAAGAUGCAAAUGCUAGAGUUAAAAAUGUGAAGGCUGCUAAACCAAUCUUACAUUCCAUAAAAACUCACCAUUUUCAUAAAACUUGCUCUCACGUGAUCCACAAAACACCCAAAGCCAAACUGACAAAGGUCAGAAAGGAAGGUUCACUCAAGAGGCUGAUGUUUGCAAAGAGGCCUACAUUCUCUGCAGUGAGGAGGCUUACAAAUUCACCUUCACAAGGGGCUUUUUCAUCUUCAGGAGACCUAAGUUCUUAGGAAAAUCCUUUCCCAGAAUUAUUUGCUCUUUCAGAGACUUCUACAGAAAAAAACACUACUGAAGAAAACACUAUUGCAAGAAAUACUUCUGAUAAAAAUGUUUUCGUAGAAAAUACUGUACCAACAGAAACUAUGUCUGAGAACACAACCCACAAGAAUUCUGCUGUAGAUUCUGCUGUGACUGCAUUAAAGUUAAUGCCAACUGCUACACGAUCCAAUGGAACAUAAUGGGAAUUCCACAGCCUGGGCACUGACUUACCCUCCAAGUCCAAAGUCUUCACUUACCCAUUGCUUCCAUCCCCAGGGGAUCAAUUUGAACUUCAGCUAAACCAGCAGCUAGGAUCCCUCAUCUCUGUCAAUGAUAUGAGAAAGUUCAUUUCUCAUGUUAUCCAGAUUAAAAUGGACUGCUUUGAGCCCCAUGUACAAAUGGCUUGUGCCAAGCUCAUCUCCAGAACAGGUCUCCCAAUGAAGCUUCUCAGUGAGCAGAAAGAAGUGGAGGCAUCCAAGGCAGAAUGGGACACAGACCAAUGGAUAACUGAGAACUAUAUCAGUGAGAGCACAGAAGGCCUGGAUGAACAGAAAGACCACAAUUUUAAGCUCACUAAAGAUGUUCCAGGAUUUGGCUAUAAAAACAAACUUAUCUUGGCAAUAUCUGUGGCUGUUGUAGUGAUCAUUAAUUCAGGGAACUCAGAGAAGCCCAUGUACAUAGAUACCCCUGACGAGGAUGAGGAAAGCAAGGUGCCCAAGGACAACACAGAGUGA